ACUACGUCCGUGUCCUUGUACGCCUACACGUACAUCUGCCAUUAAUUCCCAGGGGACCCAUAUCUGCGUUUCCUCAGCCUAUAAAGGCGGAGCUAAGAGCACAGGGCUGAACUGACAAACUCAAACUCAAAGAAGCCGUGAACCAGUCACUCUGCACACUGAGAAUCACUGCCACACCUGAUACUGACUCUCUCAAGACAGGACAUUCCAACCUGAAUGACUGGAAAAAGAAACACACAUGAGGAUUAAAUCUGAAGACACUGAGGAAACUUGUUUGGCAAGUUUUUUUUCCUUGUUUUUAAUCGGGUGAGACUUCAUGUGUGAUUUCCUUGUCCGUUUAGAAAUACAGUACUUGCUCUAGAUGCAGAGCUUGUAAUUCAUAUUUGCUAAUUACCUGGCAAGUGUAUUUUACUUUUCAAAUGGCAAACACUACUGCAUCUCCCUUCCAACUUGACUGCGAGGCCUCAGACAAGACACUGUAUAAAUUCUAUGCAGCGGCUACGAUUGUGAUUUUCAUCCUGGCUUUGCCUCUGAAUGCAUCCAUCCUCUACCUCUUCAUAUUCAAGCUGAAAUUCUGGAAAUCCAACUCCAAUAAUAUCUUCCUUUUCAACCUGGUGUUGGCUGACAUUCUCCUGAUCUUCUGUUUGCCCGUAAUAGCAUACAACUACAUCCAAGGAGAGAGGAGGAUUGAGAAUGACGCGGGUUACAAAGCAAUGCUCUUCAUGUUGUUUUUAAACCGAGGGGGAAGCAUUGCCUUUCUGACUGUGAUUUCCAUUGAUCGAUAUCUUCACGUGGUGCACCAUGGUCGAAGGAAUCUCCUAAAAGUUCUCAAGAAAUCGGCUCUGAUCUCGAUCCUCAUCUGGCUGUUUCUUGUGCCUCUCACCAUCCCCACCAUGCUCAAGAAUUUUGAUUGCAACCGCAUCCCAAAUGAAAACAAGGUUGUCGACAUUAUACGAGAAUUCAUCUUCUUUACCAAGAUUGUCAUCCCCUUCGUCAUCCUGGUGUACUGCACAGUGCGUAUCGUCAGGAAGCUCAGGAAACAAACAAUCGGGGAUACAACCAAGCUGAAGAGAGCAGUCUUUCUGGUAACAUGCGUCAUGGUGGUCUUCUCCUUCAGCUUCCUCCCUUGCACCAUAGCCAGGGUGGUUCUGCUGAUCGCCCACGAGAAGUGGACGGAACCCGACGAGGAAAAAGUUUCUGUGGUCUUUGACGGCCUUAUGUUGCUCUCCUACCUAAACUGUUUGCUGGAUCCGGCGGUCUACUGCUUCUCUAGCACCAAGUUUAAAGGUCUUUAUCUCUCUACUUAUUUCCCAUUCCUUAUAAAAAAAGUGCCAUUGCAAAGCUUAAGGGUAAGCACAAUACAACGUCCGCGCAACGAUGUUAUUUGAAAUGAAUGGAAAAAGAGGCUGUUUUGUCUGUGUGGUGACACAUGUCCAACCCAAAAGGAUUAGUACCUGAGACUGACAGUUUGUCCCAAAAAAUUACUUACUUAAAGCUGCAGUAGGUAAGAUUGUGAAGAGCCAGGACUUUGCCAACAAAUUUGAACAUCGAAAACUUCUCAGUCCCUCCUCCCUUUCUG